GCUAACAAGUGAGUUAGAAUUCCAGAACCAUUUCCAUGGCAUACCGCGCCCUAUUUCAUUUUCAUCGUUCACACGCCAAACUCACACUUACCAGCUCCUCCUUCUUCUCUACCCGCUGCCUCCGUCCUUCUGCCACACUUCCCACGCAACCUCCGCCGUCCCCUAAGAAGCUCCCUUUCACUGUGUCAGCUCACGGCAGGUCAUGGCAGGACCCAUAUCACUGGAUGUCCAACACCGACGAUCCCCAUUUGUUGGAACAUCUCAACUGCGAAAACAGCUAUGCUGACGCCUUCAUGGCUGACACUCUCAAACUCCGCUCUCAAUUGUCUUCCGAGAUGAAAACACGAUUACCUUCUUAUGUUUGCACCCCCCCUGAGCGUUGGGGACCCUGGUUGUAUUAUCAGUACAUUCCAGAGGGAAAGGAAUAUCCUGUGCUUUGUAGGAAGCUGGAAACAAAGAGUAGUGGCUGGAUGAACACAUUUUUGUUUCGCCAUGGAAUUGCAGGAUCAGACAGGGAGGAGGUUUUGCUUGACUGGAAUGAACUCGCAGAGAAAUACGGGUAUGUCCACGUCGGAACAUGCAGAGUUUCACCUGAUCAUAACUAUCUUGCCUAUACAGUUGAUAUUUCUGGUGGUGAACGGUUUGUGCUUCAGGUUAAAGACCUUAGAAGUGGAUUACUUGACCCCAAAGUAGAAGUUGAUGGUGUUGUUAGCUUGGCUUGGGCUAGAGAUGCAACUUCUCUUUUUUAUACUCAAGCAGAUGAAAACCAGCGACCUUACAGGGUUCUCUGCAGAAAACUUGGAUAUGAUCUUGUGAAUGAUCUCACAGUAUUUACCGAAAGUGAUUCCGGUUUUUGUGUGGACAUAACAAGCACAAAGGAUGGCAAGUUCAUUACUGUGAAUUCAAACUCAAGGACUUCAUCUGAGGUUCAUGUUAUAGAUUCUGCCAAUCCGAUGGAUGGUUUACAAAGACUAUGUGAGCGUACUUCUGGUGUACAGUAUUUUGUAGAACAUCACUCUGGUCUAUUUUAUAUCCUUACCAAUGCUCCUUUACCUGAUGGUCAAUGGUCUGGUGAAGAGUAUUACCUUGUUAGAUGCAGAGUUCAAGAUAUCGAGUCACCUAAAUUGCAGAACAUCAUCCUUCCCGAAAAAGAUACACGCCUAUGUGAUUUGGACAUCUUUAAUGGUCAUCUGGUUCUUUUCCUCAAUAAGAAAGGUCUUCCUUUGUUAUGUUCCUUGAACUUACCUUUCCAAAUUGAUUUCAAAAAGAAUCAAGUAUAUAUUCAAGACCUGAAACCGUGGUACUUUCCUCUGCCAACAAAUACAUGUAGUGCCGUUCCUGGUUCCAAUCAUGACUUCCUAAACACGGUUUAUCGUGUGGUUCUUUCAUCACCUGUGAUGCCAGAUGUUAUUGUUGACUAUGACAUGUCAAGACAGACUUAUUCAAUUGAGCAUCAAGAGGAAGUGAAUUGUGAUUCUGUUGGUCAGUCAAGCAUUCUACCAUUCGGGCCAAUGCAUAAUAAAAUUCAACAGGCAUGUGGCCAUAAGAAAGAGUGUGUCUCAGAUUCUAAUUCACAGAGAUGGAAGGACUUUUCAGAAGUAUACUGUUGUCAGAGAGAGGAAGUUGUUUCCCAUGAUGGUGUAAAAGUUCCACUAACCAUUGUGUACUCUAGGGAGUCCUGGCAAAAGGGUCAAAGCCCGGGAAUUUUAGUAGGAUAUGGAGCAUAUGGAGAAGAUCUUGAUAAGAGUUGGUGUUCAGAUCGCCUGAGUUUAUUGGAUCGUGGUUGGGUAUUGGCAUUUGCUGACGUAAGAGGUGGUGGAGGUCAUUCUUGGCACAAAUCAGGAUGUGGAUUGAACAAACAGAAUUCAAUAUCUGAUUUUGUAUCUUGUGGAAACUACCUGGUUCAUGAGGGUUAUGUCCACAGAGACCUGCUUGGUGCUGUUGGAACCAGUGCAGGCUGCCUUCUUGUUGGUGCAGCUAUGAAUAUGUAUCCACAACUCUUUCGAGCCACCAUAUUAAAGGUACCAUUUAUUGAUGUAUGCAACACAUUGUUGGAUCCCAGUCUACCCCUCACAAUCCUGGAUUAUGAAGAAUUUGGAAAUCCUGAAAUUCAAGCAAACUUUGAUUCUAUUUUAAGUUUUUCUCCUUAUGACAACAUUCCUCAAGGCUGUUGCUUUCCUUCAGUUAUGGUUACAGCGGCAGUUAAUGAUACAAGGGUUGGAGUUUGGGAAGGUGCUAAGUGGGUAGCUAAAGUAAGAGAUAGUACCUGCUCUCGUUGUUCUCGUGCUGUAAUCAUGAAAACAAGUAUGAUAGGAGGCCAUUUUGGCGAAGGUGGACGCUAUGCUCAGUGCGACGAAGCAGCUUAUGAAUAUGCUUUCUUCAUGAAAGCUUUUGGAAUGUUAAAUGAAUAAGCUAAAUCAUUAGGCCAGAAACAGCAAGGUUAUUUUUAUUAGCUGAAGACAUGUCAAGGAAAAAAGGAUGAGUUGUUUGUAUCCUCCUAGUUAGUGCAGUAGAGUCAAUAUCAAGGUUUUAGAGACACAGGCAUGUUUCAACAUCUAUACUUGAAAUGCUGUUUUGGGAUAGAAAAAUGAUGAGACUAAAGUGAUGUUAGAAACUCAUUCUACUUUGACAUAAUGAAAUUUGCAUGAUUUGAUGCUUUUCAGAAA